AUGCCAGCAUUCUACCAAACCGCCGUCGCUCGACUCUCUCAGACAGCUCGAAUCAUGUCGAAGAUCAACGACGUUUUCAUCCUUUCCGCCGCCCGAACUCCCGUCGGAUCGUUCAAUGGUGUGCUCAAGAAGGCUACCGCUCCCGAGCUCGGUGUUGUAGCCGUCAAGGCUGCUAUCGAGCGUGCCGGCUUGAAACCCGACCAGAUCGAGGAGGUCUACAUGGGUAACGUUCUCCAGGGCAACGUCGGCCAGGCUCCUGCUCGUCAGGUCGCACUCAAGGCUGGUUGCCCCGACACCACCGAGGCUACCACCAUCAACAAGGUCUGCGCUUCCGGCAUGAAGGCCAUCUCGCUUGCUGCUCAGAACAUCGCUCUCGGUCAGCGCGGUGUCAUGGUUGCUGGUGGUAUGGAGUCCAUGUCCAACGCUCCCUACUACCUUCCCCGAGGCAACACUUACGGCCACGUCCAGGCCACCGAUGCCAUUGUUAAGGACGGUCUUCACGAUGUCUACAACCAGGUCGCCAUGGGCAACUGUGCCGAAAACACUGCCAAGAAGCUCUCCAUCACUCGUGAACAGCAGGACAACUUUGCCAUCGAAUCCUACCGUCGCUCUGCCGAGGCAUGGAAGGCCGACGCUUUCGCCAACGAAAUUGCCCCCGUCACCAUCUCUGACAAGAAGGGCGAUGUUGUCAUCUCCGAAGACGAAGAGUACAAGAACGUCAAGCUCGAAAAGAUCCCCACUCUCCGACCCGUUUUCGACAAGAACGGGACCAUCACUGCUGCCAACGCUUCCACCUUGAACGACGGUGCUUCCGCUGUUGUCCUUGCUUCCGAAGCCGAGGUUCAGAAGUUGGGCGUCAAGCCUUUGGCCAAGAUUGUCGCAUUCGCUGAUGCUGCAUGCGCACCUAUCGACUUCCCCAUCGCUCCUGCUUACGCUAUUCCCAAGGCUCUUGAACGUGCCGGUUUGACCAAGGACGACAUCUCGCUCUUCGAGAUCAACGAGGCUUUCUCUGCCGUCGCAUUGGCUAACAACCAGAUGCUCGGAUUAGACGCUAGCAAGGUCAACGUUCUUGGUGGAGGUGUUUCGCUCGGUCACCCUAUCGGUUCGUCGGGUGCCAGGAUCGUUGUCACCUUGGCUCACGCCUUGAAGCCUGGUCAGUACGGUUGUGCCGGUGUCUGCAACGGUGGCGGUGGAGCUAGCGCUAUCAUCAUCAAGCGCGAGAACUAG